GUCCUCUGACAUCUGACUAGUGGAUGAGAUGCUAAGUCUGAACUACACCCUAAUACAGAGAGACUGUUUCUUCCCCAAUCUGUAUUAUCAACUUACAAUAUGGAAAGUGCUGCUGCUAAACUGCUGUGACCUGGAUACGUUUGCGAGUAACAAAGAACCACAUGGAUGAGAGAGACAUCACUUGCACAACUGAAGCACUUGACAGGAUGGAAGAGACCUCUCCCUGCAUAAACUCUGGACCUGAUGAGAUACAAGUGGAUACUACUGUCAAGGCUCGCGGCACGGACACCCUGGAUACCGGCACUGAAGGCUCGGGUCGUCUCAUUUCUUCCACAGGCGCCAACAAUGUAAAGGGGAAACCAAACAAGAGGGUGACAAAAGGCCCCUUUGUGAAGCUGACAGACUGUGCUCACUAUCACUACGAGAAUGUGGACUGUGGACCUAUCCAGCUUUCUUUGUCGGAUUCCCGUCCGGAAGAUGCUACUGUUACAGAUGCUGAAGCUGUUUAUAUUGUGCAGGUCACAUGCCAGGGACGCUCCUGGUCCGUCUUGCGAAGCUAUGAGGAUUUUCGGGUUCUGGAUUCUAACCUUCACCGAUGCAUCUUUGAUAGACGCUUCUCUCAGCUGCUGGAAUUACCUCCUCGCUCCGAGUUGCCCUCUCAGGGACAGCUUCUGGCCCCCCUGCUGUCUCGUUAUUUGAAGGGUCUCUCAGGAAUUGUGGACAGUAACGUCAACUGCGGACCUGUACUUAACUGGAUGGAGAUUGAUAACCAUGGAAACCGUCUUUUGGUAAAUGAAGAGGCAUCUAUUAAUGUGCCGGCUAUUGCUGCUGCCCAUGUGAUCAAGCGCUACACAGCGCAGGCUCCAGAUGAACUGUCCUUUGAGGUCGGGGACAUUGUGUCAGUGAUAGACAUGCCCCCCAGGGAGGACACCAGCUGGUGGAGAGGAAAGCACAGCUUCCAGGUUGGAUUUUUCCCUAGUGAGUGUGUGCAGCUAAUCACAGACAGCAAGACCCCAUCAUCUCCCACCGCAGAGGAUGAUGUAAAGUUGGCUGUCACAUCUCCCCAUGGCUCCAACUCUCCCAGACCAGUGUGUAGGCGACAUGGGAAGCUGGCGGGAUUACUGCGCAGUUUCAUGACUUCUCGGCCUAGCAAGCAGAGACUCCGACAACGUGGGAUCCUGCGAGAGAGAGUGUUCGGGACUGACCUGGGAGAGCACCUGCUAAACUCCAUGGAGGAAGUCCCUAGGGUCCUUCUGUCUUGUGCUCAGUUUAUUGAGAAGUUUGGAAUCGUGGAUGGGAUAUACCGGCUGUCAGGUGUUUCUUCCAACAUACAGAAACUCAGACACGAGUUUGAUAGUGAGAGGGUGCCGGAUCUCACUCGAGACACCUACCUGCAGGAUGUGCAUUGUGUCAGCUCUCUGUGUAAGCUCUACUUCCGCGAACUGCCCAAUCCAUUACUGACCUAUCGGCUUUACCAUCCCUUUUCUGAAGCAAUGUCUGUGACCAGCGAGGAAGAGAAACUAAUCCGUGUGCAUGACCUUAUACAGCAGCUCCCGCCUCCCCAUUACAGGACACUUGAGUACCUGAUGAAACAUCUUUCCCGUCUGAGUGCGCACAGCGAACACACCGGAAUGCACGCACGCAAUCUGGCAAUCAUCUGGGCUCCCAACCUGCUGCGAUCACGGGAAAUAGAGACUGCAGGAACACCUGGAGCUGACGCGUUUCGCGAGGUGCGAGUCCAGUCCAUACUUGUUGAGUUCUUGCUAUGUAACGUGGAAACUCUCUUCAGUGACACAUUUACCUCCAUCGGUAAGGACACUUCUGACAUCAGAUUAAACGCUCACUACCACAGCUCUGUUUGCAUGUGUGCUUUUCACUACAUUCAGCCUUGCUCAUUUCAACGGCCUUCCCGCCUCAGGCGUCCCCGCUCCACAAGUGAGGGGCUUCCCUCUCGACUACCCCACUGUCACUCAGUUGAAAGUCUGGUGCCCUCUUCAUCCUCUCCUCCCAAUGUGUCAUCUCCUACAGUCCCAUCUCCACCAGCAUCUGCUCGCCCCCAGUCUGCAUGGAUAGAGGAAGACCUCGACCUCUCUCCGCCGCUCCCAGACACAGACGGCCUUGGGUUUGACCCCCUUUCCUUCCGCAUCUCUUUCUCUGACCAUGAAGAGACCAGGUCCCCUUCUAUAAUAAGAGCAGAGAUCACAAGCCCAGCGAAGGUGCAUUCUCUUUCUCGAAGGGUCAGCCUUUCACCCACUGGAGGGUGCUCUCCCUCCCCCCCUCACAGCCCGCCAGAGAGGCUGGUGACUGAUGUGGAAUCUCAGGUCCCCCAUAGCAUUUCCCCACCACCUCAAAUGUUGUCACUGCUUCUACAAUCAUGCCAGCUACGCCUGAGCGAAAACUGUAUGCGAGAGGUCAAAGGGAAACUGACUAGCGGCAACAGUCAAGAAGCACCAGCUACAAGUUUGACACUUUCACCACAGCAAUCGACUGUUACUCCAUCCUUGUCACUCAUGCGACAAAUCCCUCCUCCUCCUCCUCCUAAAGACCCUGCUCGUCUCAUGGCCCUAAAGCUGGCAGAAAGCGCCCAGCGUGCCCUGCAAUCUUCCAUGUCAACAGGCACGGCAACAAAGACCUUCCAGCGCCCCAUUCCACCGCACCCCCAAUCCUCUGUCUUUCGCCGCUCCCUUUCCAUGGAGUGCAGUGAAAUCACAGCCCAAAAAGAAGGGCCCCUGUACUCUGAGCUGCGACCUGCAUCACUGCACCCCAACGACAAAAACCCAGCUAUGCACCGACCAGUGAGGUCCCCAACACACGGCACUCUGGCCCAAGGGACCUCUCCAGCUGACACAAGAAAGCUAACCCCAGCAGGACUGCCUCCUUUCCGAGCUCCCCGAUUACACUCCAGAUCAGGCAGCCUACCAGCUCCUCCAAGUCUCUGCACCCCUCGCCUCUGCCCACCUCCCUAUCACUUCCCAGAAGAGAGUAUAAGACUACCACUCCAUCGCUCUGCCCCUCCAUGGAUAGAACCUGAAGGUUUGUACUAUGAGAUUGGUGAUCCACCACAUCUGGCUCCUAUUAAUGCAUCAUAUGGGAUGAUUCAGUCACCUUGGCCUUGUGUGACAUCUCCUCCUUCACAUCCCGUACCAUCUCAGUGUCUUCGUGGUUGGUAUGGAGGAGCUUCACCUUCUGAUGCUGAUGUUGGUUAUCAACGUUGGACCGUGGACCCUCUUCUAACUUGCGUCCUUACUUUAGCUCUCGGCUCCCCCCAGGUGGGAGGAGGGGAGGAACCUAUAUAUGUCAAUCUCCCCUUAAAGGUUGAAGGGUUAGGACACGUCCAAAGCGUCAGAGACACUUCUGUGGUGAAACCAGACUUGCCGCAGAAACAGCGCCCAGGACAACCUUCCCCUACUGGACGACCUGAGGGAUCAGCAGGUGUACCACCUACUCAGCGUCCACAACAACAGCAGCUAAGGUGGGAGGGGUCCCUCAGUUAUUUCCGGUCCCCCACCCCUCCUCACCCUGCUAUGUGGGCACAACCUAAAUUUACAGACAGCAGGGAAGCCCCCAUCAUUACAUAUGAUGCUUCACCAGGAGAAAGCCAGAGAGCAGGCUACAUGCCGCCUCACUGCCUGCUUCCUGAGGGUGGGACUCUGUAUGGAAACCUGGAGCAGAGGGGGGCUCCUCUCAGGUCGUCUACAUUGGCAGGUUCAGCAGGAUUUCUGGGGCCCCCAUGGACUGUGCAUUCAGAGGGACAAACACGAAGUUAUUGCUGAGAACCUAGAGUUUUAAUUCUAAUUAACAAAUCCUGACUGCUUGUUAUUGCGGCUGUUUCUGGGAUUCCAGCCCUUAAAUGUACAAUCUCGCCUAUUCACUGCAAAAUGUGCAGUCUUUCCACGUCCUGUGCUGCCUAGCUCUAAAAUGGUGCACUCAAACAUCAAUACUAAAGCUGUUAACACAUAAAAGAGCACUGCUCUUUAACCUCCCUAUAACCACACACUCCCAAAAUGUGAUCUACACAAUGAAAAGGCAUGAAAGGGCAAAAACAGAGAGAUUUUUUUUAAUAGAAUCUAAUUUGAGUGAUUGUUAGCAACAUUUAUAGGACAUUACUUUUCUACCCUACACAUA